AUGGAUUUAAUACUUGUAUUUUUUAUUUUAAUCUAUAAUAUUAUAGUUUUAAUAAUAGAUAUACGUUUAUUAUAUAUUUUUGAAGAUCCUGAAGAUGUAAAAGAUCGUCCUAAACAGGGAAUAAUUGCUAGGGUAUCUGCUCUCUUUGGCUUACAAUUAAUAUGGAUUAAUUACUCAAUAAUAUCUAUAAAUAUAAUGAAUCAAAAUCCACCAUUAGGUGGUGAACCAUCUUCAACAGUAAAUAUGUUUAAUUUAUUCCUCAUUAUAUUGUGUCUAAAUUUAGUAUAUAUGGCCUUAUUAUUGCCUUUCUCAAUAUUUUAUUAUGAAUCAGAACAUGAUAAGAGAUUAAUAAGACAUUCUCCUUUAUUAAUAACAUGUUUAUAUACUUUACCAUUUAUAAUUAUUUAUGGUAUUUUAUUAGGAAUAAGCUAUGGAGCCUUUAGAUUUGCUACAUUUUCAUUUGUAUCAAAUUCACUAUGUAUAAAGGUGUCAAAUAUAGCAAAAUUUUCUUCAGAUUUAUGUUCCAAACAAUCUUUCACAACAAUAAUAUCAUUCCCUAUAAUAUUUACUGGAUUGAUGAUAUUUAUAGGUUUUAUUUUUAAUAUUGUAUUUGUAGGGAUUGGAUUAGUUCUUACACCUUCUCUUAUUUUUUCAUCUAUUAUUAAUAGAGUAAUACCUUUAACUCUAGAAGAAUAUAAUUCUAGAAAAAUGGAAAUAUUUAUUAUAGCUGAGAAAUUAAAAGAAGUUGGGAAAAAUAUACUUAAGAAACAGGAACAAUAUAAUAAGUUGAGUUCAAAUUAUUCAUACUCUUUUAAAAGAUGGAGUGAAAAGAGGUCUUUGCAACAAAAAAUCAAUAAAUAUAGAAAUGAAGUAAUAGCAUUAAAUGAAUAUUUUGAAAAUACCGAAAAGGGGUUCAAGAAAAGAGGUGAAAAUUAUGUAUUAACUACUAUAAAAGUUAUUGGUUUUAUUUUAAGUUUGUUGUUUACAAUAGUAUGGAUAUGUAUGUUAAUUACUUCUAUGGUUAUAUCAGAGACUUUUAUUCCAUCCAAUAAUCCUCUUGUAACUCCAUGGUUAAUUUUAUUAUCACUUAUAUUACCUAUAUAUUUGGGUAUUUGUUCCUGUUUCUGUUGGUCCCAAUUUGGUAAGAAGAUUUGUUUUUGUUUUCCAUUUCACUUUUUAAGAAGAGAUGAAACACCUCUUAAUUCUAUUCUCUUUAAUAUUGGAAUUGUAUUAUUUCCAAUAACUAGUGUUGUAUAUCUCACAAGUAAAGCUAUGUUAUGGUGUAUAAAAUUUGAUGAAAGUUAUCUAAUAUUUUAUGUAGCUUCUAAUAUUUAUUUAAAUAAAUACUUUAUAGCAAAUGAUAUCUUUAUAUAUUGUAUAUUUGGUGUAUCUAUUUUGACGACUAUUGUAAAACUACUCAUUUAUAUAUGGAUUCAUAGUACUAAUAGUAAUACGAAAGGUGUACCCAAUAUUCUUAUGAAUUAUACUGCAACCAAAGACGAAUUAUAA